GAUUUAUAACACUUCCACUGAAAGUAAGGUCGAAAAUUAUGGUUUGACUCUCAUAGUUUUCUGAUUGAAUUUGUUGAGAAGGAAAUAUUGAGGAUACUGUACAUGAUGGCUAUACGCAUACUAAGGACAGAGGAAAACUGCAAUCAAUAUGAAUUGGCCACUUUACCCAAUAUUAAUAGGUGUGCACCUUAUGCUUAUAUCCAGCUUAGCAAUGCAGUCGUUGAAGAAAUUGAGAGCAAUAGUAGUAGUGAUAAUUAUUCAAUUACAGUUGUAGAGAGAUUGAAGGAGGAGAUGUGGCAGCAGUUAGGGUUGGCAGGACCUAUGGUGAUGGUCAAUGUGAUGGAGUAUCUCACACCACUGCUGGCUCUCAUCUUCGUUGGUCAUAUGGGCGAAAUGGAGUUUGCUGGUGCAGCUUUGGCAACUUCCAUGGCUACCUCCUUGGGCUACAUUUUAUUGGUGGGCAUGGCAACGGCCAUGGAGACACUGUGUGGACAAGCAUAUGGAGCCCAAGAAUAUCAUAUGCUUGGCAUAUUUCUGCAACAGGGAUUGAUUACAUUAUUGGGUGCUUGUGUCCCCUUGUCCAUAAUAUUUGUUAAUAUGGGGUACAUUCUGAGGCUGUUCAAACAAGACCCACAAAUUUGUGAAGCGGCAGGCAAAUAUACAUGGGGUCUCUUGCCAGGUCUGUUUGCAUAUGCCACGUUACAACCUCUGGGAAGGUUCCUUCAAAUGCAGAGUAUUGCGUGGCCUGAGGUCUGGUCGUCUGCCAUUACUGUCGUGCUUCACAUUUUCACUUGCUGGUUAACAAUAUACAAGAUGCAGUUAGGAUUUGUUGGUGCAGCAGUAUCCACCAGUGUGAGCUUGUGGGCGAAUGUUGGUAUACUGCUUCUCUAUAUUAAACUCAGUGGUGUCUGCAAAAAUACAUGGCAGGGCUUCUCCAAACAUUGCAUUCAUGGGAUCAAGCACUUUCUCAAACUUUCAUUGGCUUCCUCUCUCAUGAUCUGUCUAGAUUAUUGGUGCUUCUCCAUACUGGCUUUACUAGCAGGAAUGCUGCCAGAUCCGCAACGUGAAAUAUCUGCUCUGAGCAUUUGCAUGAAUAUCACAUCUCUGUAUUACAUGGUACCAAUGGGAAUAGGCUUAGCUGUAAGCUUGAGAGUCUCGAAUGAAAUUGGAGCGGGUCGAACAGGGGCUGUAAGGCUUUCUAUACUUGUUGCACUGGGGAUCACUCUUGUCCAAGCCAUAUUUGUUUCAGUCACAUUAUUCUCCCUAAGAAAUAUUCUAGGAAGAGUUUUCAGCAAUAAGAAAGAUGUGAUUGGGGAUGUCUCCAGGAUAAUCCCUAUUUUGUCAGUAGCAGCUAUAUUAGAUGGUUUGCAAGCAGUUCUCUCAGGUGUAGCCUCUGGCUGUGGUUGGCAAAAUCUUGGGGCAUAUGCUAGUGUAUUUGCCCUGUACUUUGUAGGUCUCCCCUCAGGGAUUGUUUUGGCCUUGUUUUUCCAUAUGAGAGGAAAGGGCCUCUGGAUUGGAAUAACUGGAGGGAUGUUGCUUCAAACAUUGAUGCUUCUCUUGAUUACUAUAUUUACCUCUCUAAAAAAGACGAGUACCGAAGCCAAAGAGCGCUUGAAGAUCAUCCAGAGAGAAUCUCCAAUGUGAGUUGAAAUGCUUAGCAAAAGAACAAUCAGGGAUUUCCUUGCAAGGCAGCCACUUUUUAUUUCUUGGAACUUAUCUGAAAGUGAAGGUUGUUAACCUUACUCCAAGCCAAAAGACCAAAAACCUUCAAGGUCUCAGGCAGACUAAAAAAUACUCAGUUCAUCAUUUUCCACAGAUCCAGGCAAUUAUUAAUGCAUCUCUCUGGGAUGUUGUGGAUGUUUAACUGUUUACAAUUACGUCAAUCCCAUGCUUAUCAAUUACCUGUCUUUAUAACGAUAAGGUGAAGUGUCUCGACUCUUGUCCAUUUCCAUCGUUAUUCAUUCAUUGCAUUAAUAAUUUAAGCAGUGAUUAAAAUAAGCAUUGAUCAUAUAAA